CUUACCUUUGGGUAGUUAUCGCACGUAUUAAAACUACUUUCUAUUUCACAUAACAUGCGCUUAUGAAGUUUAUAAGAAAUUUAUUUUCCCCUACACAUCUUAAGCGUGUAAUGUUAGCGGGCGUGUUAGAAAUAGUCUAUUUAUCAAAUCGGCAUCCAUUUUGAAGGAUGUUAUCAUAGGCGUUGUACUGAUAAGCACCUUCAGCGGUGGAAGUACAUUUAUUCUGUGUACAGCUCGCGCCAUUUUAUUAUACUGGCACCCUGAGUAAAGUUAUAAAAUGGUGGUUGUGCAUGCGAGGUGGUGAUAAUAACUGUAUAUAAUGCGUAUUUAAGUGAAAUAUGAGAUCCUGUUUAUCUGGGAAUGGACGUGGUGUGUCUGAUGGUAAAGGGAGGGAGCCCAUGCAUCAACAUGGACUGGGGGUUCAUGUGAGACCAUGGACCAGUGCAGUGACCACCAUCACACCAGCAUGAAAGGUCGGUCCAGAAUGACACGACUCUUCACAGUCGCUCUCGUCGGUUCGAGAAGAGCACCUCAAGUACUUAGCAGCGACGCUGGCCUCCGUGGGAGUGCCGUGAGUCCCACGACAAGUGCCGCGAGAGUUCCGCGAGUGAAGGGAAGAGGGUGAGAGACCCCCUCGAGAGGGGCACACUGUGGAGUUCAACUGGAUCGUGGGUGCAGCGACUGAGUGGACCUGGCACCAUGAUGUGAGCCAAUGUGGUCAGUGCAAUGGAAGACGUUAUGCAGCAGCAAAUGAGGAGUCAUAAAAGGCAGCAUGAAGGUCAGCACGUAGACACCUGCCAGGACAGGAAACGAAGGAAUAGUGGGAACAAGCCUCCAGAACUUGUUCACUACUUGAAGGACAGCGUCCUGUCCUGUUCAGAUGAGGACUCUCGCCCGCCGGACUUGAUGCCAGAGAUUAUUGUUACGCGCAGGAAAAACAACAAGGAUAAGAAUUGCAAAGACAACAGUGCAAGCAGUUUAUGUGAAGAAGAUCAAGAAUUUCAUGGUUUUGGAUCUUUGGAUAUUGAGUUGAGUGAGAAGGCGUACGAGACCCUCCAGAACUUGCCGGCCAUGGAGGUGAUUUCUAGCAAGAUUGAAGAAAUUCAUGUUGAUAACUCAGAUAUACUGCAGAAGCUACUCAAUUUGAGUGCUAGAGUUGAAACUCGUAAAAACACUAGUCAAGCUGAGAUACAGAAAAAGUGGUUCCAAGAACUUCAAGAAAGCCAAAAGAAACCGGUGAAGAAAACUAGUAAUUGUACGGUGAAACUACCCAGGUUACUGUCUAGUGUUUGUGCAAGAGAAAACAUGGAAUUGGACCGUAAUAUGAAUCAAUGCCUUAAAAGUGGCUAUAGCUUUAGAAAAGAACAAGAAGAAAGUUUUAUGUCAAAAGAUAAAGUACUAAAUAUGCAAUGUGGGUUGAGCGCUUCGAUACAAAGCACACCUUGUAAACUGAAAAACAGCAUUCCUUCUGAAGCAGUCCGGCAGAUUGAGGACGAAGAUGCCAGAAGUGAUUCCAGUUAUAUGUAUGUGAUGCCAAAUGUUAGCACUGGCAAGGAAUGUGUGGACUACAUGGAUGGAAAAUUGAUAUUUGCAUUUGAAACUGAAGCUGAUCUUGAAGAAUUCACCAAACGUGAGGAUGAGUAUAGAAGGGAAGUAAGUUUCUCUCCCUUUCCUUUCAUUGUUCCUAAAAAAACUGAUGAUAUAACUAAAAUAAAAGGCUGGCGAUUCAAAAAAUUUGCAAUUGACAGCGAUGAGGAUUCAAUAAAUGAGGAGGACCUUGAGAUGAAUGAUGAACUUGAGAGUUUGCGCAACGAACAAGAAGCUUUGGUGAGACGUCUAAACAAUUCCUCAGAUGACCUUGAGGUUGAUGGCAGUUCUGUUGAUGAACAUUUGAAGAAUGAUGACAUGUGUGUGCCUGAGGAUGAUGAUGGGUCGGUUGGCAGCCAUGAUGCAUCCAUGCAGAAGAAUCAUGUCAUUUCCACGCAACCUGUGAACAAUGUUAUAAAAACUAAAUAUAACGUAGAAAAUAAAAAAUCACCCGAAAAGUUAAUAAGUAGGUAUUCACAAAAUAGUAAAAAUACUUUCCCUAAAAGUAACUAUCCCUUAAAAAUUUUAGAUCCUUUCGUGACACCUGAAAAACAGCAUUCUGUUGGUGAAUUGUCGGUAAAGACAAAAGAAAGUAAAAGAAAAAAAUCUUCGCAGUUAAACAGUCAUCGUGGAUUUGACGGCUACAAAUUAACAGCCAAUAAUGAUGGACCAAACACAGUUAUUGCAGAUGUAUCUUCAGCAGUUGCUAUCAAACAUAGUUUGUCAGAUGUCACAAGUGAAUUAAGAAAUACAGAGUUGGUUAGCAGUGAAAAUGUCUCUAGUAAAGCUUGCUUAGAUCCGAGGGCACCGUUUAUUAGUCAUGAUCUAGACCACUAUUUGUCAGCUAAUCCAGCUCCUGUGUUGAAAUUUUUACCUGAAGUAGACAAUGCAAUUGCUGCUAAAGAAGCUGUCUUCAGAGAGUCAGAAGCUGUUGCAGUAAAACAAAAAACAGUGGAAAACUCAAGUGAUUUGCACUCUAAGAGGAAAACAGAUUCAGAUAUGUAUGUAUCUCGUGUAGCUUUUAAUACUUCAAAAGUCAGUGACUCUUCUUCACACACUCAUUAUCGCCUUGCUGCUAAGGCUUUGCAGAGAUGUAAACAUAGCAUUGCAGUACAAUCAAGAAAACAAGCUAGAUCUGUAGAUUGUGAUAGGAAAGUUCUCAGUGGCAACUCUGUGCCGAAGGGUGACAGAGAAAUUGGUGAUUUUGAUGCCAGUAGUAAUAAACUGAAGAAGUUAACACAUGCUAAGAAAGUUUGGAGCUCACGUUCUGCCAUAGAGAAAAAGUCUUUAGUUAUUAAAAAACGGGCAUUUAUGGGUGAAAAGAUUCGCAAAGAAAGCAUUAAUAAGAAAGCUAAGUUCAGUAACAAAAAAGAGCUUAUGAAAAAAAGUUUAAUUCUUGUAAAAUCUUUGCCUUUAAGAUUUAGCAAAACGAGGUUAUUACCACAGAAAUCAUCAAAAAGUGUAGCCCAGUUUGCACAAAAGUCAAAAUUUGUAGAAGCAGUAAAGAUGGUGAAGGCAAAACUUGUGGAGCAAUUUGCAUCAGUUAAGCAGUGUUCUAUAGUAAUGCAUACCUGUGUGGGCAAACCAAUGCAGGAUGUUGAAGUGAAACAGUUGUGCAAGAUUCGAGGUGAUGCUUGGGAAAUCGACUGGCAGUGGGCAAACUUUGCAGCAUCUGUAGUGACCAGUCAUCCACAUAAAGCCCAAAAGUGUCGGGUUCAGUUCACAGUGCCAUUUGAAAGCAUGUUGCUUUCUAAGUUAAUACUUCAACAAGACAUUGAUUCUUCUUUAGCAGGUAAUGCUGCUGUUCCUAUGUCUGCAAAUAAACAAAGUGAAAUAGAGGACCCAUCAACACGAGAAGUUACACGUGUUGUCGAAGAGCUGGUGAAUUGUGUGGUUAACCACGAAGUUCAAGAUCUGAUCAUACUUCCGGACCCAGAAUACGACAGUUCUAAAAUUCAUCUCUCCCCGACUGAUAAAACAGUGGGAGGACUGGAAAAGAAGAAAUCUGUGUCAAUAGUCCGUGAGCUACAGAGAUUGGACGUAAACUUCAUUGAAAUGGACACAAAUGGUGAGGUGGCAGAAAACACCGGAGAUUCGGAAGAUACAUGCGGUAAGCCUUUCUGUUCCUUGGGCUGCGUGUGUGUGAGUCUGUCUGCGGCAAGCAGCAUUUCCAAUUUGACGGAGCAUUGUGGGAGAGUGGAGUGCAUGUUUGAAUGCGAGUGUGGUCAGAUUCAGAAUGAGACGAUCAGUCCGACAAGGAGGAACGGAGCGGGCGACAAACCCUCUAUCAUUCCUCACACCACGGUGAUGAGACUGCAGGAUGAGUCCAACCGCCACCUGGCGAAGGUGGAGAAGCAGUUCAAGCAGACGGUGAUCAAAGCCAAGGACGAGAUGAUCGUGGUGAGCGUGGGUGGCAGCAGCCGCAGGAAAAGGGAGAUCAAGAUGCCGGAGAGAUACAAGGAUUCAGUUCUGGGGAGAGAAUUUUUAGCUGCUGAUUUUAAAAUCUUAAGUGGCUUUGAAGAUUCUGUCAACUUUCUAGGGAAAGAUGAUGAUGGUGCGUAUUUGCCAACAAAAAAACAAAAACAGUCAGUUGCUAGCAAAAAUUACACACUGAAAGAAUGCUCUGUUUCUGUGAGCAGACUGUCAGGAGCAUUGGAAACACCAUUGUACUGCAUGAUUCAUGAGGAUUACGGGUGUCCCUGUCAAACAAGCAGUAAUAAAUUUCAGCAGAAGGUAGAAUCUGAGCAAAACAAACCAAACUCCAACGACCAGACGCAUUUAGAAUCUCGCAAUGUUGCCAAGAAGAGUACUGCAAUGUCCACAGUUUUAUCGCAUGGAAGAAUUGGAUGUAAAUCUGGUGACGGUAAUGUCCAUGGCUGGUUGUCAAAUAGACAAGAAAAUGUGGUUGGAAGCAACAUAAAAAAAACUAAAACUUUAAAUGAAGAAAAUGAAUUAAGCAUGAAAGAUAAUCCUGAACCUCUUAAAAUUGUAUCAGUAGGUUCUAUGAGGGUGGAAGAUUUUGAAAGCCAAAAUAUACCUGAGACCUUUGUGUCAAGUAUUUCAGGAUCACUUGUUGUAAUGAAAGCUAAUGACAACAUGGAAAUUGAACAUUUCCAAGUUCCAUCAAUUAGUAAUAUUGCACAGCUCAAAGCCAGUGAUCUGAGGAGAUGGAAUGAACCAUUGCGAAAGCUCGAAACAACUGACUAUUAUUUCAGUAGCAGCAUAAAGGAAGAAAUUAUUAAGACUAAUUACUUACUAAACUGCUUAUCCUGUGAAAAUUUUGCAGACUCAGGUAAGAAUUUGUAUGCGAGCCCUAUACAUGUAUUACAUCAUUAUUAUACCUCUGGGAAAAUUUUCAUUUGGUUAUAUAGAACUGAUAAAAUUCCAGUCACUAGAGUUUUAGUUACAUUAUCAGAUAGGAAACCAAACAGAAACUGUGCAAAACUUAAGGACGUUAAAAUGACAUACAACUUAAAAGUACCACAGUUCAUACUGAAUGUUGUCAAGGAGACUGAUGAAUCAUUAGUUAAUUGUAAAAGUGUUGGAGCAUUUGUUUGUAAUGGUUCAACUUAUGAACUUAUAGGUGCCAUGACAUCAGUCAACGAAACAAAGUGGUACUGGAAACGACACUUUGACUGUGCAAUGCUGCAGUGCUUUUUGCUAAAAGCAGGCUUCGAUCCUUUCAAGAAAAAGUUUUUGACGGAACCCUUUCAUCCGUUCCGGUGGUUGAUGAUCAUAAUGAAGAAAACUUUCUCUGAGGCAGUAAUAGGAAGUUGUCUGUUUCCAUAUGACAGACUGUACGAUCUUGUUGAAAGAUGUAGAAAAGAACAAAUAGAUUAUGCUUUGCACCUCAGUGAUAAACAACGAAAAGGAUUUGGAGAUGAAUGUGAAUGGAGGUAUAAAUUUGGAGUGUACGGAAGUGCAAAAUAUUGUGAACAAGUUUUUGUGGGCCCUUACGAUUUAGAAGAAAAACCAGAUGUAUAUCUGUAUAAGAAACUAUCAAAUGGCACCGUCGUUCCCUUGACACACAACGAAAAGCUUUGUCGGUGGGUGUACACGUCUGUAAACAACCUGAAACCGAAGUCCAAACAGGCGGACCAGGCGGAACGGACAGACACAGCAUCGUCUCCGGUGAAGAGCGAAGACGGGCCCCUGGGGAGCGCCGUCGGACAGUUUGAAAUGGUGUGUGUGGAGGAUACGAGUGAAAGGACUCCUGGGGCAGGGGAGAGCAUACAGGACAUCAUAGAGGAAAUGCUGGGCGACAGGAGCAGGAAGUCGGAAGACAAGUCCUCCGGCAGGCACUCGCAGCAGCCAGAGGCACUGGUGCUUGUGCCCUCCAUCCCCAGCCUGGGCUUCGUCAACUGCACCUACCACUGCUCCAGCAUCCGCCUGACGCACUUCUACCUGGAGGCUGCCCCCAGCUUCAGCUCGGUGCUGGCCGCGGGCAAGUGGCUCAACAGCUACUUGAGAACGAAGAUCAAGUUCGAACCAGUGAACCUGGUUUUGGAGUGGUCGAUCAACACCAUAACGGUGAAGACUAACUGGCAUCCUCUCAACCUGAAAAAUCUCCAGCAGGGCGGUUACGUUUUGACGGAGAAGGGCUUGAAGAAAGUACUUCCUAGAAGAACUCCAAGAAACAGAGCCUCUUCUCGUACACACUGUAAACAUACUCUAGAGUAUCACUUCAAGGUUCUGAGAGCACACCUCGGGUGUUCAAGUCAGAAGUUAUCACGGAGAUCUGUGCUAAAGCUGGCUCGCGAGGAGAUCCAGGUAGAGACUAGGAAAGAGGAGAUGCUGACGAAGGAGUACUCCGAGGUCAUUGAAGAACGGCAAGACAAUGUGUCAAAAAUUUUCCAGCUCGUUAAAGAUCUGCCUCCUGUUGACAGAAGAGAACAUCUGAAAGAACUGGACAAGAAUCUGCAAAAGCAGGAUCCAGUGAUAAUCCUCGAUGAUGAUGAUGAUGAUGAUGAGGAGAAUGAGGAUGACAGCCGCAGGUCUGAGUGUGACUCGACGUACAGCGACUGCAGUAACAGUGAUGAUUACUUGGAGAGCAGUGACGAAGAAGAGGAGACGGAAGAUGAUGACGAUGUAGUCAUGCUGGAGACCUUGCCAGCCAGUACUCACUCACGGCUCAAGCCGAGAAGUGACCCGCUGAGCGAGGGUGGACAGACUAACUCCUGCAGCGCUCUCAGAGUUAGGGACGUCCGCACACUCAACACCGCUGCUGCAGCCGUCGGUGGGACGGAACUAGUCGCUCCAGUCAGUGCCUCUGCCGCUGAAUCACCAACGGCAACCUCUCUCUCCGCUGGUCUUUCUUACAAACUUUCGUCUGUGAUAUCGCCCAACAGGAACAGAAUUAACUUGUCGGUGGAUGAGAAUCACAUUCACAAACUAGAGCCUAAUGCUGAGAACAGUCAGUCUAUGCUCGGUCUGACCCAGAGAUUAAGUCUGUUUCAACCGAGUACCCUGAACCAGCUUUCUUCUACACCCACGAGGGUUCUAAGUGUAAAAAGUGGGUUACAGUCGAUACUUCGUCCGAUGGAUGGUGUUCCUGUGAAGACGCCAGCUGCCAAACUUUCUGUCCAGCUGCCAAGCUUGCUGAAGUUGGCACCGACCAGGAGGAGCAAACAGCUGGCGACACCGCUCAGUGGUGAUGAGAGCGGGUCGGACAGGAACCCUCCAGGUGGCGUGACCUCACCGAGCAGCGAGAAGGAAGAUGCUGGCACCAAGUCCUCGGUCGCACUGUCGCCUCUACGACAAAGCAGUUCUCGAAGCAAGGAAACAGAAGAUGUGACAAGAAACUCUUCACUUUUAUUUUCAGCUGCAGGAAAUAAUGAUUUUCAAGGUCAGGAAAAAGAAGAGUCACCAAAGAAAGGUGUAGUUUCGCCUUCAGCUCCAAGCUUGUGCCAGAGCGAAGAAACAGAAGACGGAACAAAGAGGCCGGUGAACGUGGUGCUGCCGUCCACACAGACGUGCCAUCAGGGCUCCCCGGAGAAGAGCAAGGUGCUCCAGCUCCUGCAGGCGUCGUCGGUGGGCAGCCUGCAGGCCACGAUCCAGGGCAAGACGGUGAAGUUCCAGCCCGUCCACGACGUGUGCAUCGUGGUCAACUCCAGCGGCCAGAAGACCCUCAUGAAGACUCCCCCCUUGCUGCGCAAGAGCCCCGCGCGGACGCCCACCCCCUCGCCCCCCGCACCGGGCCCCUCGUGAACCUCAGUUCCUUCCUCUCCUGCACGGUUGUGGCUCAGCUGAGUGCGUUUGGCCAGGUCAGGUCCAACACUUUCUUCAGGAACCCUUUAAAUAUGUAAAUAUUUAACCCUUCAAUAGUGUGUUCAUGUUUGCAAGUGAUCUCUUGAAACUUAUAUAGUUUUAUUUUUAUUUGAAAAUUUAUUUUUCAUCAAGUAUAAUAGACACCUUGCCAAAGAUAUUUUUUUUUUUUUUUUUGCUACUUUGAACAGGUGUGUAAUGGAAUCAAUGGCAGACUUUAGAUUAAGAUCUGAAAUUAGGCUAUUAAACUACAAAAGACCCAUCGCAAUUGUUUACUUAUCCGUUGCCCAGAUUUUUGUGUACCUAUACAAAAUUGUUUUCCAUUUGAAUAUUUUUAUAAUAUUUAUGUGUGAUUGCAGGACAUAACAUUUUCUGUAGAGAGUUUUAAGCCAUAGAUCUGAAGUCUCCAAUUUGUUAUAUUUUAUAUUAAGUUUUUUUUCUCCCAAGUUUUUUGCAGGACAGUAACCAACAGUUUUUGUAGUGCAAGGUCAUAUGCUUUUGUAAAACUUGUCUGGUCUCUCCUUUUUGAUACAAACCACAGUUGAAGUCUGUUAGUUACAUAAUUCAAGUUCAAGUGAAGGAAGUGUGUGUUAGUUCAAGGUGCAGAUAUUCACAUAUAUGUUAACUUGCAGUGUGGUCACAUACAGUUGGAAUCAGCAUUCCACUCAGGAGCCAUCUUCAGAAACUAGGCUGGAACAUAUGAGUGAAAUCCUAGAAAGAAACAGUACUGUUUACUGUGUUUGCAUUUCUGUGCUGUUUUUCAUAUAUUUUAGUUUUUUAUGAUAGUUUACAUUGUAAUGAAGACAGUAUUAGUUUACAUUGUAAUGAAGACAGUAUUAUGGCUGCCGCCAGCGCGAGCUGUGGGCCGGACUCUUGAGUGGCCUGUCCAGUGCCUUGUGUACAUUCGACACCGCAGUACCACUGCGCAAUCCUCAAGUCAUCACACGGGUUUGGUUUACCUUUUACCAAAUGUUCUUGAGAAAUCUCAACAAGUUGUGUUGCUUUAAUUUUGUAACAUAGAAGUAAGCUGUUUAUAUUGCAUUUAAUAAUUGUCUGUUUCAGCUAAAUGUACCUUUUUAUAAUGUUUCUCUUCCAAUUUUGAAUGUUGGUACUUGGCACUUUAGUCUGCUGCGACUAGGCUCUCCUCAAUGACGGACUGUCACAACUGUUUAUAGCAUGACGGAGCAUUUUGUUGUUAUUGCCUGUCUCAGUCGUACAAAGCAGGAUUACUCCGCUGACGAUUUACUGCUUUGUGAAAAGUUUUGUCAAAAUUUAUUGGCUGUGCAGCCUUAAUUUCUUUCAAUAUGACUAUAAAAUUUGGUUUCAGCAAGAACCAGAUCAUGUAGGAAAAUGAUUAUUGUUUAAACGUCAGCUGACCAGUAAUUUAAAAUUUAAGACUGAUGUUACCAAAAAUUUGUUUUUUAAAUCGUAAGUAAUAUGUUAACGCAGCUGCUGCAAAUUGAAAUGUGGUAUUAUUGACAUAAAAAUUAUUCUAAAAUAUUUAAAAUAAGAAACAUUAUCCUAAGUUAAAAAGAGGUUACAGUAAAUUCUUUAGGAUUUUAAAUUUAAAGUUUCUGAGCAGGUGACUCAUCACUGCUAUUGUCCCUAUUCUAGCUAUUGUGUAGAGCUGGGGUUCUGGCAAAAGAAAAGUAAAUUAUUGGGUUCCCUGGCCCGAAAAAUUUUUGAACUGCUGGUGUAGAGUACCGCAGAUAAGCGGGGCUAUAUAAAAUACACUUUCUGUAAUGAAGCAGUUUCACCAUGACCUCAUUUCUGUCAGUCGCCAUUUAUUGCUGAAGCUGAGAAGUCGGAGGUAUCUCUUUCCUGUUCCUUGUUUGGGAUCUGUCAAUAUUGCCCCCCCUACCUGCUCCCUCUUGUACAUGGUCUUCAUCCUCACCUGCUCAGGUAACGUGUUGUCGGUUGCUUAUAGUGGCAUGGACACGGCUGAGAAGCACCAGCCACAGUUCCUUCCUCACUGCAAAGUUGGCACACCUUGUUUUGUUCCUGCUCACCAGAACAUUGGUCAUUCUUUGGGUCGAAGAAUCGGAGAUUGGUGUUAGCAGUGCUUGACAUCCCAGUACUGUAGUUAUGCAUACACUUGUAUGCUAAUGUUAUGUUGUAUGCAUGUAUUUAUUUGAAUUAUUAUUUUAACGUGAUUGGGGAAAAUAUCACAGAAUUUGUUUCAAUUAAAAAAUGAACUGCGUUAAUUUUUUUCCAAAGUGUUAAGAAGUUUCACUUUGAGUGCGUGACUGUUUCGUCCACCAGAUCAUUGAAGGUUCCGCCACGCGAGUGGUUGUGGGCGUGAGGGCUGUGAGCCAUCACGGUGGGCAUGUGGUCGUGCCUCGCGACUGUGCCACUGCCCGGUCGUGCAGAGCAAGAGAAAUGUCAAACAAAGGAACAUUUGUGCGAAACAGACAGUGUGUAAAUAUAUGUGUAAAAAUUAUCAAUGUACAGAGAAAAUCUAUUUCUUUAUAAUGUACAGAAAAACCUGUAAGUUUGAAUACUAACUGAAGUACCGGCAAUUAUUUGGUCAUUUGAGGAACCUGAGUCACAAAGCCUCUUUCGUGUAAUGAAACUUUUAUUUUUGCAAGAAUAUAUUGUGUUGACAGUUUGAUGAGAAAUGUUUGAUGAAAUAUUGGUAUUAAUAUUUCUCAUCGAAAAAAGAUGGACAGGCAACUGUAAUUUCUUUAAAAAAUUUGUCAAAUCUUCAAAAAAAAUGUCACCAGCUGAAAUAAUUUGAAGUAUGCAGACACAAUAUUUUUUUUAUAUUUGAAUGCUGUAGCAUAAUGCAGGAGAAAUACAAAUAAUGUAUUAAUUUUUCUCUUUAUACAAAAUCUUUGUGUUUAACAAGUGAUUCUACAGUAUAAAAAAUAAAUAUAUAUCUAUUUUUAUUAAAAAUAAAUAUGAUUUAUGAUUGUAUCUACAAUUUUUUUUAUUAUUAUUUAUACUUGUAAUGGAUUUUUUGUUGGUUUGUUAGUAGGCCUGUGCAAAUAUUUCAAUUUUCGAAUACGCAUAAGAAUAAUAAACUAUUCGUAUUUGAUUCGACCUCAAAUAGUAACACUUGGAAGUUAUGAAUAUUUUUUUGCUUAUGAAUACUUCACAUAGUAUACCUCGUGAGUUUGUCAUAUACCAAUGUUCACUGUUGAGAUAGUCAUUUUUGCAAAAUAAAUGCCCUUUUUUUAUGGUUUAAUGGGUUCUUCGUUAUCAAAAACAUGAACACUAAGCAGUUUUUUUAACGUGCAACAAGUAUUAAAGUUUUUUUCCACUACUGUCUUCCUAAACAGCAAUGGAACAAUCACGUGAUUGAUCCAAAACCUGGCAUAUUUACUAUUAAAACUUGAAAACAAAAUUAUUAUUUGUAAUGGUUUUUUUUUUUACAUGCACCAGUAGUGGGAAGUACCAGUAAAUAUAAAAUGUUCAUUAAAAAUAUCUCGGCAGUCGCGUUGUACGUGUGCAGUUGUAUGUGUGCCGGCAAGUGACGCGUCUGCUGCACUGCGAGGAAGAGGAGAGGCGGGGAAAAUACAGAAAUUAACCAGUCAGAGAGGAAGCAAGAGUGUGUGUGCAUAUGUGUGCAUUUGCAUGAGGCCACAUGGCAGGGUUGACAGUUUUCCCUCCCUCUCUUUUCUGUAAAUUUCCUGUUAACUGGCACCCACACAAUUAACGUGUCUAUCUUGACAUAGAGAUUUCUCACGCUUUCAACUGAACAUACCGUGACAAAACUGUAGCCAUUGGUGGUGUUUAUAAAAGUAUAUUUUAUAUCCUCCAGUGUACUGACAAACUGUAGCUUUCCGCCUCUUUUCUCCAAUCUUCUGAACCAAUGAGCUGAGGAAAGGAACCCUUCACUUGUAUCCACGGAACUCUAGUGAACACAGAUGUAUGGUGCUGCAACUCAUACGCAGGGACGACCCUUGCGGUGAAAAUGGUAGUUUUUUUGCCUUCUGCGGGUAAAUACGGGAACAGAAAUUAUGUUUAUAAUAUUGCUGAACAAAAAUACAGAUUACCUAGCUGCCAUUAACAAUUAAAAUGUGUUAAUAACUAGUGUUUAAAUAUGUAAAUAUGAGCUUAUUUAAUCACUAAUCACUUUUAAAAAUAUUUAUGUUUUUCAUUUUCAUCAUUGGAUAUCGUGAUAUUUUGCAUUUCACAAAAAUUUUCUGGAUCAAUAUGUAGGUUAGCAUGUUCUGUAAAAUAAGGUGAAUAAGAACUUAAAUAAAAGGUAGUUGAUUUGGUUAGGUUAAGUUAUGUUAGAUUAGCUGCAUAGUUAAAAAAAUAAUAAUUACUUUGUUUAAAUAUUGUAACAAACAUUUUAUGCAUAAUUAUUGUUAGCUGUCUUAACCUAACAAACUUUUGUUUUAGUGUUGGACUAUUUCCCAGAAGCCAUUACACUACACAUUUAAUUUUUCUUUUCCUCUAUAUUAGUUACUUAAUGUGAAAAAAAUUAUUUAUUUUUGGGUUUUUAAUACUCAUUCUUAAUAUUUAAUUUCAUAUUCAAGAUAAAUUUGGUAUUCGUAUUCAAAAAACUGUUAUUUGCACAGGCCUAAUUGUUAGUCAUUAUUCAGAAUGGCUGAUGAAAAGACAAACAGCAAACUGUCCAAGCUCUUUAUUGAUUCUUUUUUAUUAGAGUCUUAAACUUAAGUGUUUGAUUAAAAUUUAAUGCAAGAAGUUUACUGAUCAAAUUUCGUAAUAUGCCAUGGCAGGGACGGAUCUAGGAUUUACUUUGCCCGGGGCAGAAAUUGUGAAUAGCGUUCCCCCCCCCCCCCCCCCCCCUUUUUUUUUUUUCCUAUGCCAGCCAACAUUGUGCAACACCAAUAAACCUAUGAGACUUUUUUUUUGUAUUCAUGUACAUUAUUUGUAAAAAAAUUUAAUUUAAAUUUUAUCAAACCCAUUGCAUUUGCCAGAGUUUGAGGAUAACUUUUUCUUUCACAUAAGGCCAUAUUUAUAGCAAUAAUAUAAUGUUCAAGGUUAUAUGGAAAAACAAAAGAUAAAAAAAAAGUUUUUAUUGUGUUACAGUAUUAAAAUCACAACAUUGAAAAAUUAGUAGAAAUAUGUAUAUGAAAACCUCUGUUCAACAUAAGGAAAUAAACCUCUAUCUUUGUUGAGAGUUAUGCCUUUCGGUUAUGCUUUCGGAGACGUGAGAUUCUUCAGAUGACCAGUUGGUUUUAACUUUUUAUGUAAGGACUGUAGAUAAUGUAAAAUAUUUCAGGAUGUAUGUUGGUGCGAAGCCAGAUGUGUAUAUUUAAUUUUCAUUUUAUAGAUCUCUUUUUCAACUUUUGUUUAUUUGUAAUGAUGAUGACUUUCAAAACUUUAAAAAAUUGUUAUUUUCUCAAAAAAAUAAACCAGCUCUGUUAAAAUUUUACAAAUUCCAAAGAAAACAAUUAAUAUAAUAUGAAACAUUGUUGUUUUUACAUGUUUUCGUCUAUGUUUUGAAAUAAAAAAUUUAUGAUCUGUGGA